GUGCGGGAACACUAUCUGCGGAAAGAUGUUCCUUGCCACAGUGAAGUUUGUGCAGUUUGCGAACAAGGUAAGUAAGCGUUUGCUAGCAAUGGAAGCUACAGCCAAUCUUUGGAAGUUGUUAUCUUAGUUACAGCAACUAUAGUUCAAUAUCACACACUUUAAUUUAUUUUGUUAUUUAGGCAACGGAACUUUGCUUUGUAAAUCACUGACUCAUUACGUUGUUCCUGAUUGCCAGGUACAGUAAGUUGAAUUUGUUUACCGCACUUUGACCGAUCUUGGCCAAAGGGGUCCGUAUGUCAUUCGUCCGUUCAAUUUUCUUUUGAAAUUAAAAAUUGAAAAUUGAUGUGAAUUUUUUGAUUUUCGUUUUUUUUUAUUAUAAAAAAUACGAAAGUGCCAAAUCGAAAACUUUUGACUUUUUUUCCUUUUGAUAGAAUAUUGAAACAUAUCUUAUAUUUUUAAUUUAAUCUUGUCAACAAUAAAGAGAAAAAUGAAACAGAGCGGCAAUUUUGCUUUUCCGACAAUGUUUCAGUCUGUGGCAUGGCUUAGUUUUUCUGUUUUUCUGGCAGUGUAAUAAUUGAAAAUUGAUUGCAAUUCUCAAUUUUUGUUUUUCAGCCAAAACACUCAAAAUAGUUGAUAGAACUAGCCAAGAGGGAGGGGGAGGGGUCCAUUUGCAUGGUAACUUUUGCCCCCAGCACCCUAUCCCCAUGGUCAGGUCUGCUUCCUUGCUUUUAGGGUUGGGAAUGAAGUGAGAGUUUAGCUGUCUCUUCAUGGUCUUUCAUGAUGUUUUGGAGUGUCUUCCUCAGUUCUGUCCAUUACAGCGAGCAGCCAGACUUUGGACAUUAGCUAAGAAGUUAAAAAGACCUUAGACUUUGUAUUGGAGCAUAGUGGUGGGGGUAAUGUAGCCAUAUCGAUUUUUUCACCAUACUGUAAAAUGUGGUUGGAAGGAAGGUGAGGGAGAGGGAGGCAGUAAGUUUCUGAUACCACCCCCUCCCCAAUGGCCUGCCUGGAGUCUGCGAAGGAAGUGAAAGUUUUGCGCUCUUUUGGACUGUCCGUUCACUGACAUCAUGGCAAGCAAUAAAACCUUCGAUUUGACUAAGGACAGAAAAGUGCUUAAAUUAUGAAUAGCAGCAGGGGAUAUGACAGUUUCUAGGCUUUGUCAAGCUUUACAGGCAAGUACACAUUGUAUUUACAUUGGAGUCUUGCAAAAUCGCCCAAUGUCAUGACUGCAAUAAUGUAGGAUUAAGUAAUCUUAACCAAAAUUUAGAUUGUGGUUAACUGUGGUUACCCUCCAAGCAGUUGUGUUGGGGGUGAAAUCUUCAACACUGAAAACAGCAAAUGAGGAAAGUUGUAUUUCUCAAGUGGAAAUGAAUUUGUUGUACUUAAGGGAUGAGUUUGGAGACAUGAUGUACUGGCUGACUGACUCAGGAUGAUUGAAUGUCUUGCAUUUAGAUGAUGGAUCUUCUCUUCUUGUCAUGGGGGAAGAUUUGACGAAUUUGCCAUCAAACAUCCCACAGAUAGGUGGACAACAUAUACAGGGCAAUUAAGUCAUUUGUUAACUUAUGGUGGCUCUCUUACUGGCUCUCAAGCAAGUUCUUCAAGGACACCACUUUUCGGUAAUGCAAGACAAAAAGGUGGCGCUCUUGCGAAGAUUAUUCAUGCAGAAAUAACACACAAGAAUGUGAAGGGACCUCCUAUGUUCCAAGAGCUAGUGACAGAUACAUUUUGGAAGAAACCGCUCAUGUAAUUUACGUUCAGUCCAAGGCAAGAGAUGCAUUCAACAAUUCACCUCUAGUGUUCAUGAUGAUGCUUGAACAAACACUGAAAACUGAUUGAGCUGUUCACUAUGUUUUGUUAGAAAGGGAAUUUCUGCAAGAAGACAUGUUGACCAAAAUAAAGAUUCUGAUGCUGUUACGUACGCAUUCAGUGUUUAAUUCCUUUCAGUACUGUUAAUAAAUCAUGUUGAGUGUUAAAGACAUGUGCUGACUGCUCAUUUAUUAUUGACAGCCGGGGAAAAAAUGAGCCUUAACAAAAGCCUAAAGUCUCGCUAAAAGCUGAAAAAGUAUUUUGAACUCUGAAGGGUGCUCAUACAGACGGCUAUACAAACAAGGAAGUGAAGGUAGAAAAAAGAAGAAAAUAAUGAACAACAAGCACUUAAGUCUAAUAAACUUAUACUUACCUGUGCAAUUAUGUCCCAAGUGCACUGCUCAAGUUCAUCAUUUGACAGGCAGUUGUGUAAAUUUAUCCCAUUCUCAAAACAAAACCUCCUAACUGACCUCAAACUAAAGCCUUGUUGGGAAAUCUUUCUCCUCACCUCGGAGUGUGUUUUUCUUUGAGUUAUUUCAAGAUCCUUAAUGUACUCAGUACUGAAGUUGUUCAUGUUUGGAAAAGUGACUGCAUGGUAAAUACGAAUUUCCUGCUUCCUCCUUUGCAAAGAAGUGUAGUGUGGGAGGGGAGGGAGGGGGACAGGGGCAAAAAAAUUACCAUGCAAAUGGACCCCUCUCCCUCCCUCUUGGGUAGUUCUGAUUUUGAGUGUUUUGGCUGGAAAACAAAAAUUGAAAAUUGAUUGUAAUUUUCAAUUUUUCUAAGCCAUGUCACAGACUGCAACAUGGUCAGAAAAGCAAAAUUGCCGCUCAGUUUCAUUUUUCUCUUUAUUGUUGGCAGGAUUAAAGUAAAUAUAUGUUAUGUUUCAAUAUUCUAUCAAAAGGAAAAAAAGUCAAAAAUUGGGCACUUUCGUAUUUUUUAUGAUAAAAAGUUAUGAAAAUCAAAAAUUGAUCAAUUUUGAUUUUAAACGAAAAUUGAAUGGAUGAAUGACACACAGACCCUACGGCCUAUUAGACUUGUGCAAACCUUUCAGCAAUAUUUCCUUAUAACACUAUACUUCAUUGUGCAAACAGUUCUUUGACAAAAAAAAUAAUGGUGAAAGCAAUAGAUUGCAUUUGAAACCAAGGCUUUGUAGCAGUUUGUAGUUGACUGUAGUAUGGAGUUACACCUUUCAAACCUGUAGCCAGCUUAGCCAGAAAAUUACUUGUGGUGGUCUAAGUAUUAUGCCCUGACAUAUCACAUGAACCUUCCGAAGUGAUGUUUUUCUUGAGGAUAAAAUUUUUUUCCUGAGGGUCAUCCAUCAAAGGUGAUUCUACAGUGUGAAAUGGAUGGUAAGAAAGAAAAAAAUCACAAAUGCUCUGCAAAUGGCCAUGCUCUGUGAACAGGCACUGGGCAUUUGAUGAGGUUUGAUUUGGAGUUCAAACUUGUAUCCCUACAUCCUCAGGGAUUUUAGUUUGCAAGAAUGUACUAACUGUUAAUUAAAAGCACGGAUGUGAUGGUUGGACAGUGAAGGCAUUCAAGUUUUGAAUUAAAAAAAAAUGAAAAUUAAUGGUUUUGUCAGGACAAGAACAACACACAAUUAAGCCAAACUAUGUGGUUAAUUGACUUGAACUGAUUCUUUGGUGUUUUAUUUCAGGUUUCAAGGCUGUUUCUUGAAAUACUUGAGAGUGCAGAACUACAAGGAAUAAUUUUCUUUGAAACAGUGGUUAAUUAUGUAAGCACAAAACACCUUUUUGUGUAUUUUGCAGAAUGUAGAUCUAUGGAUAUUUUAUAGCAGAUAGAUGUUUCAUUUUCAGAAUCAAUGCUUAAAGGUAUAAUAAAACAUCUCACAUAAGAACAAGCAAGAACAAGCAAGUACAACAUUUGUUGAUAUGCCUUCUUUUUAACAUAUUUUAUUGUCUUAUCAUGAGUGAAUGUCAUUUUUAGUUUGCUAACUUUAUAGCACCGAGUUAAAAAGGCCAAGAACACAUUUAUUUUUAGUUAUGAGUGGAUAUUCCUUUACCAGAUAAGUCAAUCAAUGCACUUGUACAUGAAGCACUUCUGUAAAUGUUUUCAUAGGUCCAGCAUCAAGGAGGGAGAAAACUUCAAUCUCAAUUAAAAGAUAUUGUGAACAAUAACAGGCAACAGAACAUCAUAUUCAGUAAUGAGUUCUGUGAUGGGGCUUAUGUUUCCAGGGAAUCCAAGGAGUCUUCAGAAGAGUGGCAGUGGAGGUGA